CCCACACACACUGUAGCCUCCAAAAGUUAGUAAGAACCCAACAGUCAUGAAGGCAGGAGAGAGAUAUAUUUAAUAUAAUCUAUACAUAGGAAGCAUGAAUCUAGUCUACAUGGACCUGACACACUCACUGGUGUGUGUACAAUCACGUGUAAUAACGGGCAACUUCAUGUAUCAGUGAACCGACCCAGAAGACCGACACUCACCUCGCCGGAUCAAGAUUCAUCCAGGCCGGACUCGGAAACCCUUAAAAAAAAGGAAACACGACGGGAGGGGGAUCUGGCUUUGUGGGCCGUGAGCUGACUCGCCUGCUCAGAGACAAAGGUCACGAGGUCACAGUGAUAUCUCGCCAGCCCGGUCCAGGGAAAAUAACAUGGGGUGAGUUGGAGUCUCGUGGCCUCCCAGCAUGUGAGGGCGCCGUCAACUUGGCUGGAGAGAAUCUCAUGAACCCACUGCGAUGGUGGAACGAAAGUUAUAAAAAAGAUUUGUUCUCCAGUCGCAUCGAUACUACAAAAGCUCUAGCUCAAGCCAUUGCUGCCUCCCCCAGUCCUCCUCAAUCCUGGGUGCUGGUAUCAGGUGUAGCUUGUUACGAACCCAGUCUGACAGCUCAGUAUACGGAAGACAGUGAAUGGACACCAUUUGACCUCCUCUCCGGACUUGUCAAAGAGUGGGAGGCCUCGGCACUUCUGCCGGAGAGUGUGGCAGAAGCCACCAAACAAGUUGUCAUCAGGCCUGGGGCAGUGCUGGGUCGCGAUGGUGGUGCCAUGAAGCAAAUGCUGCUGCCCUUCUGGCUCGGCCUCGGGGGCACUCUGGGUUCAGGGAGACAGCCGUUCCCUUGGAUCCACGUGUCGGACCUGGCAGGAAUCAUCGCGCACGCCCUGGAGCACCGCGCCAACACUCCCUCCCCUUCACCACAAGUGUUUAAUGGAGUUGCACCCGCGCUGAACACCAACUAUGAGUUCACUAAAGAACUGGGCCGGGUUCUGAGGCGGCCCACCAUUUUUCCUGUGCCAGGCUUCGUCAUGAACGCCCUGAUGGGCUCUGAGAGGGCCGUAGUCCUCACGCAGGGACAGAAAGUCAUACCGAAGAGGACUUUAGAGGCUGGAUUUCAGUACAAGUACCCGGACCUGACCUCAGCUCUGAAGGAGAUUGUUGGGAGUUAACAGAUUUUGGAAGGAACGUGUGCUGGCUUAAAAAAUUCUGUAAUUAUGCCUUCAUAUUUACUGUAUCAUAUAUGGAGAGAAUAUAAACGAAAAUGAAAGCUGAACAAAAACUCUGGCUCACAAAUGGUUAGACGACACAUUUCUGUAAAUCCCACAUUCUUCAGAUUCGCUUGAAGAUGUUUAUGAAUCAGGUUUUACAAACUUCAGAUUAAGUUUUUCUGAGGGUCUGUCAAUACUUUGAAUUAAAAUAGAUAUUAGCACCUGAGACAUAAUAGACAGCUGUGAAGACAGGUGUGUUGGCAUAUUUGCACACAUCAGGAUGAAGAUCGGAUCAUGAAGAUCAGUGGUUUUUCUGGAUUUUGGGAUUCUCUCAUUAAAGGGAUGAUAUUUA